GGAAGAGCGAGCGAGAGGAAGAUUGAUCAUUUGUCCUGGGCCUUACAUCCCAUCGGAGAAACACUUCCAUUCUUUCCUCCAGCGCCACACUUCUCCUCUCCUUUUCUAAUUGGAUUACUGGUAACGAGGAUUCUUGCCUUGUUUUCUUCUUUUCAUCCUAUUUUUUCGGGAGGGAUUUCCACACAGGAGACGCUCAGCCACCAGCAGCAGCACGAGCAGCAUCCUCAGCAGCAUCGGCAGGAGCAGCAGAGGGAGUCACAUCACCAAAUAUCCCAUCCCAGACCACGUCGGAUAAGCCGCGCUGCACCAUCCUUGGACGUGCCUGCACAUUUUGUCAGCAGCGUUGGACGCAGGAGGCAGUUUGGGCUUGUCAUGGGGCUGCCUCUGAACACACCACCAUGUCCGAGCAGAAGAGGAGAAGGAGAGCUCCUCCGCACGUCUCCUCUCUCCUCUGGUUUCUCUGCCUCCUCCUCACCCACUAUGCGGCCCCCUCAUCGGCGCAGCAGACGGUGCCUGUCAUCUCCACGGCGCAGGGACGCAUCCGUGGCAUCCUGACGCCGCUGCCCUCGGACCUCCUGGGCCCUGUCAUGCAGUACCUGGGAGUGCCUUAUGCCAGGCCCCCGACCGGAGACCGGCGUUUCCAAGCACCUGAGCCACCCUUACCCUGGCCUGGAAUACGAAAUGUGACCCAGUUUGCUCCUGUUUGCCCGCAGUCGCUGGAUGAGAGGAGCAUGCUGGGAGAUAUGAUGCCCUCGUGGCUCACGGCCAACCUGGACAUAGCAGCCACCUACCUGACUCACCAGAGUGAGGACUGUCUCUACCUCAACAUCUACGUGCCCACUGAGGAAGACAUCCACGAGGAGGGAGGGCAGAGGCCCGUGAUGGUCUACGUUCAUGGCGGCUCGUACACAGAAGGCACCGGAAACAUGAUGGACGGCAGCGUGCUGGCAAGCUACGGCAACGUCAUUGUCAUAACUCUCAACUACCGCCUGGGCGUACUUGGAUUUCUGAGUACAGGCGACCAGGCCGCCAAAGGGAACUACGGCUUGCUGGACCAGAUCCAAGCUCUGCGCUGGGUGAAAGAGAACAUCGCAGCUUUCGGAGGAGAUCCAAACAGGGUGACUGUGUUUGGAUCUGGAGCUGGAGCUUCCUGUGUGAGUCUCCUCACCUUGUCUCACUACUCUGAGGAUUUGUUCCACAGGGCCAUCAUCCAGAGCGGCAGUGCUUUAGCCAGUUGGGCCGUCAACUACCAGCCCAGCAAGUAUGCUCGACAGCUGGGUGAGAGGGUGGGCUGCGGCAUUGAUGACAGCACUCAACUGGUGGCCUGCCUCCAAGGCCGGAGCUACCGUGAACUGGUGGAGCAGCAUGUCACUCCGGCAAAGUACCACACGGCUUUCGCCCCGGUGAUAGACGGAGAUGUGAUACCGGACGACCCGCAGAUCCUAAUGGAACAAGGGGAGUUUCUCAACUAUGAUGUGAUGCUGGGGGUCAAUCAGGGCGAGGGAGUGAAGUUUGUGGAGGGCAUUGUGGACUCUGAGGAUGGAGUCACAGCUGAGGACUUUGACUUUGCUGUGUCAGACUUUGUGGAUAGUCUGUAUGGAUACCCAGAAGGCCGCGACACUUUGAGAGAGAGUAUAAGGUUCAUGUACACCGACUGGGCCGACCGCGACAAUGCAGAAACCAGACGGAAGACUCUGGUGGCGCUGUUCACAGACCACCAGUGGGUGGCUCCAGCCAUCGCCACGGCAGACCUCCAUGCUCAGUACGGGUCACCUACCUACUUCUACUCGUUUUACCACCACUGUCAGAGUGAAGCCACGCCACCCUGGGCAGACUCUGCACAUGGCGAUGAGGUGCCCUACGUGUUCGGUGUUCCCAUGGUGGGCCCUACUGAUCUGUUCAACUGUAACUUCUCCAAGAAUGAUGUCAUGCUCAGUGCUGUGGUGAUGACCUACUGGACCAACUUUGCCAAGACGGGAGACCCCAACCAGCCUGUUCCCCAAGACACCAAGUUCAUCCACACCAAACCCAAUCGCUUUGAGGAAGUGGCCUGGUCAAAGUACACCCCUAAAGAGCAGCUAUACCUUCACAUUGGCCUGAAGCCCCGUGUGAGAGACCACUACCGGGCAACUAAGAUCUCCUUCUGGCUCCAGCUGGUUCCUCACCUGCAUCACGUCAACGAGCUGCUCCAAUCGGUGUCCUCCUUCACCCAUAGUCCCUCUCCGCAGGAUGACACUCCUUACUCGUACACAAAGCGCCUCUCCAAGGGCUGGCCUCCUAGUAGCACACGUCAUCCCGGUUCCCAAGGAGGUACCCCCCAGCCGCCAGAGUCUGCUCUAGGACAGGGAGGAAAUGAAAAUGGCGUCCACGUGCCCAAUGAGGACUACUCAACAGAACUCUCUGUAACCAUUGCAGUGGGAGCGUCUCUGCUGUUUCUAAACAUCUUGGCAUUCGCUGCUCUGCUUUACAAGAAAGACAAAAGGAAGCUGGAGCAUCGCAGGCCCCGUCCGCUUCCUCCUCCGCGACGUGAUAUUACAGCUGCUGAUGUUGCUGCUCACCUUCAGGGAGAAGGACUGAUGUCAUUACAGGUGAAGCAGCUGGAGUCAGACGCCGCAUCAGCCGAUGAGAGGAACAACACCCACCACCACCACACUCUGGACACGCUGGACGCACUGGAUGGCUUGGACACCCAGGACAUCUACAGCACCCUGGACACCGUGCGUCUCACUUGCCCGCCCGACUACACUCUCACCUUGCGCCGCUCGCCAGACGACGUCCCCCUCAUAACCUCUCUGACCCCGGGCUCACUACCCGUGACCCCUGGGUCGCACUCUGUCACCCCUGCCACACCCAUGACCCCCAUGACCCCCGGAUCGGUGGUGGGGAUGAGGAUGGGCCACCCUCACCAGGGAUACACACACCACAGCCCGUACAGCAAUACACACUUGCCGCACACACACAUCUCCACGCACACACACUCCACCACGCGUGUAUAACCGCAGCGAGAAUCUUGCCCCUAGUGGGACAUAAUUACAACACACAUGCUUACACACACACAUUAAACAAGUACAAGACUCAAAUACCUCUACUAAUUACCCUGCAGGAUUGUUCCAGAUGGAGACAAUACAGUAGGAACAGGAGACAAACAGCUGUGUGGGAGCAGAUGAAGAACUGGAGAUGCAGUUCUAUGCAUCGCUUUCAACCAUGACACCUUCUGGUUUUUCUACGCCCCCAGGAAAAAAGGGGUCAGUUGUGGACAAUCUUCUCUAAAGAGAUGUGGGGUAAACGUGACCGCACACGCACACACAGACUGCUGACGUCCACCUGAACAACCUGUGAAAUGUGAAUGUAGCAUUUUUUUUUCUUCUUUCUGUUUUUCAACUAAAAGAACAACCUACCUGGGAUCGAGUUGAGCUGAAGUGAACAAAAAUAAAGCCGAAAAAAAGAAGGAAUAUAUAUUUAAAAGAAAAUAACCUUAGCUGAAGGGAAAGUGAGAGAUUUAUCGGGGGGGAUUAUAGCAUACCAGCCCUCUGAGAUGUUACACCGAAGCAUCACCCGUACCAGCUAUGUGUUCAACUCUUGUAAAUAGAAUGGAAAGAUGAUAUAUUAUGAUUUCUAGCAUUUACUUGCAUUGACUUAUUUAACCACAUUAUUGCUUUCAUUUCUGAUAUUACUCUAUUAUUGUACAGAUGUCCUGAAGCAAGGUUGGUUGUAUGUCUCUCUCACCCACUCUAGUAUGUACACUUAAUUUAAAAGGCUUUAUUCGCUAUAUGCCAUCAUUCCAAUAAGUCUAAUGUAAUUGUAUACUUGUUUAGUCGUUGAAGUAUGGGCAUUUUGAAAAAAAAAAAAAUCACCGUCCUGUCUAUUUGUUUGACUAAUGGAUGAUGAGAUAGUCUUGUGUACAUAAUGCAACGUUGGUUUGACAAUUGAUCACCAGCCCAACAUCAAUAACAUUGAAACCCCUUUCCUUUCUCCAUCUGCACCAGCUGUUCCCAAAAGAACUAAGUCUAAAAAGUUCAAUAUUAUAAAUUGUAUUGAUAUUGUAAAAAAUCUAAACUUGAUUGAGGGAUAUAUCAACAAAUAAAUUCAGAUUCUUCCGAUUUCUAUUCCUCGCACAAUAAAAAAAAUCUGAAUACUGAUGAAAAUAAUUCACAAAAACAACAAAACAAACCAAAAUAGCCAUCUUACUAUUAGAGCCACAUUGAACAAAAAACCCCCCCGAGAUUUCGAGAAUUUACGAUUUAAUUCUUGUAAAUUUACAAGAAAAAAAGUUGUAAAAAGUUGUAAUAUAAUUGUAAUAUAAUAUAAUAUAGGCCAAAAGUCACAUAAGUCCCCCCCUUUUCAUUGCUGUCUCAGGCAAUGCCUGUUACGAUGGAGUAUUAAAAUAGUCAGAGAUUUUGAGAGUUGUAAAUUUACGACAAUAAAGUCGUAAAUUACGAAAAUAAACUCAUUAUGAGAAUAAAGUCGUAAAUUUACAAGAAAAAAAAUGUAACUUUAUGUUAGAGGCAUGACCUGAAACAGCUAUGAAAAGGGGUAACUUAUGUGACCGUUGGCUUUGGGCGAGUGAGGGGGACGGGGUAAGGAAGGCGGAGGUGAGAAGGGCUAGCCAUGCUAAUCUGUUUGUGCUCAACUGCUCUGUUUUGCUGCUGCCGCAUUAUAAAUAAAAGCUUGCCUGAAGCAGAAGAGGAAAGGUUCCUUCCUUCCCGAAGAGCUAUGCUCUAUUUUCCCUCUGACAUGAUGACAUCUAAUACUAUGACUUUAUUCUCGUAAAUUUAC